UCAGCCCUGGAAGCUUUCACCGAAUUUGCGCAUUCUAUUUAUGGUGUUUAAUUUUAUUUAAUUUUUAAUUGCGUUCGUUCUGCUUUUCGAAAAAUGAAUAUUAAGAAAGCCAAACUUGAGUUGUUCGAGAUGUCCGAGAUGGUGUGGAGAAAUGCGGAGCAAUGGCAACAUGCUAUUCAGAAUGGCCGAACGACCAUGAAUCAGAUAAAGACCUUAUACCUCCGAUUAUUUACCACCGAGAAUAACCUGAACAACGCGGGCUCCAGAAGGGAACUUCAAUCCACGGAGAAGCGUCUCCAAAAUUUGUAUUAUCGUCUUCAACGUCCUUUGACUACGAUGUCGAAAAUUCUACAAACUUUGACUGACAUUCGGGACAACACUGCCCGGAUGCUAAGUCGUCUGACCCUUUGGAUGGAUGACGAAAUCCUAUCGGAACACAAUAUCACACCCAAGUUGAAGGCUUCCAAUCUUCUGGUGGUGCUUCAGUUUCUCAGCCGACGCUACGAUUUUGAGUGGGAGGUCAAGGAGGUGGUUGUUAAUGACUUGGAGCAUUUGAGCAACCCCUACGAACUUGACAUUAUGAUGCAAAGAUGGGAAGAUUGCAAUCAUGCGGGCGGAACUGAGUUUGCCACAAAAUUGCGCGACUAUUACAAGAUCAUUGGACGCCCCAUUCGAAAACAACGUAAAUGUGAUGAGGAGAUGGGAAGAUUCCAACCAUGUGGGAGGAACUAAGUUGGAUACCAAAUUACGCAAUUAUUACAAGAUGCGGUAAUGCCAGUGUAAAACUAGAAUUGCAAAAAGAAAACAAGUCAAUACAUCAUAAGUUAAUAUGAUGCAGAGAUGAAAGGAUUGCAAUCUCGAGGAGGGAACUUAGUUACAAGAUCCUGGGACACCCUAUUUGGUAAUGCCAGGAUUCUAAAAAGGAUUCCAAAAAAGAAAACCCGUCAUACCAUUAUAAGAAAACCACGUUACGUUUUGAAUUUGAUGUUAGUUUUAUUUGAAAAAUGGUUUUUUAGUUUGUAUUUGUUAUCGCCUGCUUGCCAAAACAAAUCUAUAAUCUGUAAAGAAAUUACAAAAAAUUGCAUUUCGUUUUUUCAUUUGUUUUUCUCUUAAGUUUUUCUCGUGUUUGCUUUGCACAUUUAAAAUUUGACCCACUUUUGACCUUUGCUAUUUGCUCAUCGAUUUUUCUCUUGUUUCCUUUCUGACUUGGUAGCAAAACAAAACUUAAUUGUAAUUUCACUACAACAACAUUUUGUUUUUGCCCAUUAUAUAAUAUUUAAUUGUAUAUAAUAUAUAAUAUGCAAUUCUGUAGCUAGAUUUUGACAUUCAUGUUCUCGUACCCAAUCUCGAUAUAUAUGUGUAUAUAUAGUGUGUAUGGUGUCUAUAACAUGCGCUCUCAUUUGUUUUAUAAACAAAUGUCAUUCUUUAAUCCAAAUUGCUCCUGCUUCCCGCGUCCUUCAUCCUUGUGGAUUUUUGGGAUCUUAAUUUUAGAUGCCCUCGAAACUAAUUUAACUUAAUAAUUGCAUACUUUUAGGCUAGGCUAGUAAAUGGUUUUCCUCGUCAACGCUUAAUGCACUUUUUUGUUUGUAUUUUCAUUUGCUUUUUGUGGUUUUUUCGUUUUUUUUUUCUUUGUUUUAUUUUGUUUUGUUUAAUCUUUAAUUAGUUCUCAAGCCUUGAACUUGCCCUUAAUUAACUUUACAAUGAACGUGUAUAACUUGUAGUCGCUCUCAUUUCCUCAACUUCAUUUCCAACUGAAUUGUGUUUUGUCCUUAGUUUAAGCUAAUCGUUAUUUAGAAAAUUUUCAACUCGUAAACUGAGUUUUGUUUAUUAAAAAACUGUUCCCAUUUUGGUUUUUAAUCCAUAUAUAUUUUUUCCCUUUUUUUUUUUUUGGUUUUGGUUUUGUUUGCUAUGAAUGCUUGUUGUCAAUUGUUGCGGUAAAUGUUUCGAGUUUGUUUUUUUCUCUUUAAUCGUUAAACAUUUGUUGUGCUUUACACUUAAUUAUUGCUAUAAUUAUUUGCUUUUAUUGGCGACCGGGGACUUUGAUUUCCCGGGAAAUGAAUGAAGAGUGUGUGGCAACUGAAACCUUAGCUAGGAAAAACUCGGCAAGCACGAUAAUAUCGAUCUCUAGAAAAUGAUUGUAAGCGGUUCCGUAUUUACAGCGUGCACUUGCGUGAUAUAUAGAUAUGGAUGAUCUACUAGGGAUCGGGAAAUCGGGGGAUCUGAGCGAUAGGAUACGGAAUGAAAUGAAAUAAUGAAAAAUCAGGUUUGCAAAUAAGUUCGGUUUAUUACACAAAUAAUAGAAUACUAAAUGAAAUCGAAACUACUUAAAAGAUAUGCAUAUGGGGGUGUGUGUGUGUGUGUUUCUAUGUUGGUGUUGGUAAUUACUAGAAAACGUCUUUGUAAUCGUAGGUUUUGUUGUUUACACAAUUUAUGCUAAUUAAAAUACACAGGUAAAAAUAAUUUCAUUGUUUAAUAAUUGUUUUCCAUUUUUUACUUAAUUGAUUUUGUUUUUAACUUAAGCCUAGCGAAAAUCGUUUCAACGUGCAAAAUCAAUUCUGUUGUUGUGUUUUUUUGUUGGUGAGUGUAGAAAGCUUUCCCGUUCUUUACAAGCAUUAUUAUUAAUUUGUACACAUUUUCGUUUAAGUAUUUCAUUAUUAGAAAAUUGGCUAUGUGAGUGGUGUGUGUUUGUGUGUGUGUGGGGGUUGGAUUGUGGGUGUGUUCAGUAUCCGUGUGAAGUACAAAUGUUUCCCUAGGAUUAUAAGAAUACAAGAGACAACAAAAAAGGACACACAAAAUACACGAAAUUAAAAACUCUUCCUAACGCUCAUCCUUACUCUAAUCCUGUCCUCUUCCUUCUCCUCCUCCUCCUCUUACUCCUACUCGUCCUUCAUCAUCUGCGCUUGGCGUCCAGAUAUAUAUAGUUUUUAUAUAUGCAAUUUACAGUAUACCGUUUCAGUUAAUUAUAUGUUUUGUUUGUUUCCAUCGUGUGGGGGUGUUUAAUGCGUGUGUUUGGGGGGUUGGUUUUUACACUUUCUUCUUGUAUAAUUUAAAUUUAAACUAAUUCUCGCUUUGCACAAAAAUUUACACAAUUUAUUGAUUUAAUUUAUUAGAUUUAAAUAGGGCCUCCUUCUUCUUCUUCUUAUCUUCCUUCUCUUUCUCCUCCUCCUCCUUCUCCUCGUUCAAUUUGUUGUAAACUAGAUACUAAUUGUAUAAUUACACUUCUGUUUUGCUUUGUUGUUGCUGUUGCUGCUGCUUACGGCGAAUUGGUUGUAAAUAUGUACAAACUUUGUUACUUAAGCUAAAUACGUUACUCGCUGUUCUCCACUCCGCCUAUUGUAUAUAACCUAUAUGCCUACAUGUGUGUGGUUGUUUGUUGUUGUUGUUGUUGUUUGCUUUUCGCUAUUCCUCAUCAAUCGCUCCUCGUAUUUGUAUAUUUAUAAAUAUUAAACACUAAUCGAACGCCAGCCUAUGUAUAUAUGUAUAAAAAAAUAAAAUUAAACAAACAAUUCUUGCACUUGACACUUUUACAAAUUCUCGACGAUUAAUAAAUAGUAAUGCUGUUGCUGUUCAAGACUUAUCGGUAGACGAUAAAAGUUAUAUCUGCCGCUCUCUUCAUCGGUGAUCU